UAACUUCCUUUGAGAAGACACAGAGUUAGCUCGUAAACCUCAUUAUUAUCUUGGAAGACUCUCUCUUCUCCAGUUGGAAGAAGGAGAAUUCACAAAAUCGAAGAUGCUAAUGGGAUUUCAUCAGACUUGUGUCAUGUUCCGAUGAUCCAACGAGUUUCUAUCAACAAAGGUUGUUUGCUUGCUUCUCCUGGCUCCUGAUAGGCCCGUGCCCGUAUGAGCGAGGCGGAGAUCGGAUACGAUAGAGAUUAUCGGACCCGAACGGCCGAACCCGUUGACCGGCGCCCCUCGCCUUCUUAGUUCUUCCCCUUGUUGGGCUGCGAAUCCAGCGGAGGGAAUGAGAAAGGGAGAGAGGGAGAUGGCGAUCUCUAGCUUCCUCCCGCUUCUGACAGUGGCACUCGUCUUGACUGCAGUUGUUGCUAAGAAAUCUGGUGAUGUGACGGAACUUCAGAUCGGAGUAAAGCAUAAGCCAGAGACUUGUGAUAUCCAGGCUCACAAAGGUGACAAAAUCAAAGUCCAUUAUCGGGGUUCUCUUACUGAUGGAAGUGUAUUUGAUUCUAGCUAUGAAAGAGGUGAUCCAAUUGAGUUUGAACUUGGAAGCGGUCAAGUGAUUAAAGGAUGGGACCAGGGUUUGCUUGGGAUGUGUGUGGGAGAGAAAAGAAAGUUAAAAAUACCUUCCAAACUUGGUUAUGGAGCUCAGGGAUCGCCACCUAAGAUUCCUGGUGGAGCUACCUUGAUUUUUGAUACUGAGCUUGUUGCUGUCAAUGGGAAGGGCUCAAGCCAAGGGACUAGCGAUAACGAGUUAUAGUGGUGCUGAAAAUUGGUUAAAUGCCAUCACUUGUGCUUCUGUACUUUAGAUGAAAUUAGUAGGCUUUCGUUGCUGCACUGCCUCUAUCCUCCAUCAUUCUGGGCUGUGCUAGGAUAUGACAUUGAAUUUGGCGGGUGGAAGCCAAGUAGGCCUUUUGAUUUUAUCAAAAAUUUUCUUCCUGAACAUUAGAAUUUUGAAAACCGAAACAACUUAUUGCAGAAAUGUCUUGCUGAGGUAUCUCUACGCUUUUAUAUGUAGGCUGACAAUUCAAAGUUCUUAUUCACUAAAGUUUACGCUUGGGCAAUUUAGGUCGAUA